GUCUUUGAUUAACAUAAUCACUUACUUUUAAGUAUUUUUCUCUCUCAAGACUUCACUUUAACGUAGCCACUAUUUUCUCUUUAUUCCGCACAACCAAUCUCUCAAUCCCUUCAAUGCCUCUCGCUUUCAAUGCGAAUAUGAAAAUUCCGAGAAAAUUUCUCAAUUACAUGGAACUACAAGAAAAAGAAAAAAUCAUGUUGUCUAGUCGAAGACUCAAGUUCACUGAACACUUAAAUCAAAACACUGUCAUCAGCAGACCAGAGAAAUCAUUUUCCGGCGAGCAAAAGGCGGAAAUGAACCGGUCCGGCCCAAGAACCGUACGGAUUACCUUCACCGACGCUCAAGCUACCGACUCAUCCAGUGAUGAAGAAGAGGGAUUCUUUAUCAAGCGCCAGAGGGUCAAGAAAUUCAUAAACGAAAUCAAAGUUCAACCCUGCUGCAGAGACGGUAUUACCGGAAAUUCCACCUUUAAUGGAAAUGCUGAUGGUGGUUUCAGGACGCCAGUAACGGUGGCAAAACGGAAGAAGUGCGGCGGAAGAACGGCAUCCACAACCAGAAAAAAGACCAGUAACGAUAGAAAGUUUCGGGGAGUCAGACAAAGGCCGUGGGGCAAAUGGGCUGCGGAGAUUCGAGAUCCCCUGCAACGUGUGCGGCUCUGGUUAGGCACCUACGACACUGCCGAGGAGGCAGCCAUGGUGUAUGACCACGCGGCCAUCAAACUACGUGGACCGGACGCGCUAACAAAUUUCUCCCCCACCAUCCUACCAUCGCCUGAAACGUACAACAAAACAAGCUCAGGUUAUAACUCCGGUGAGAUCCCUUCACCAGCUCAAACGUACAAUAAAACGAGCUCAGGGUACAACUCCGGUGAUGAAUCUAACAAUAAUGACGUUAAAUCACCUAAAUCUGUCUUGCUUUUGAACUCAGUUUCUGAAUGCCAGGCCGACGCCGAGACGUCGUCGCCAUUUAUCCGGUCAAGCGAUGCUGUUUUGAAGGAGAGUGACAGUUUCUCGGACUUCUCGAUGUUUCAUGUUGAUGAUGACUUGUUUUCCCAGUUUGAAAACCGGGUCCUACCUGAUUUGUUUGACCAAACGGGUUUUACGGAUAAUGUUUUCGGGUUCGGGGAUUUUGAAUGUUGCAGUGAUGUGCUUUUGGGGUCAAGUAAUGAUUACCGGGCCGGGUCGCCAACUUUGCAAACGGAUGAUUACUUUCGAGAUUUUGGAGAUAUAUUCGGGUCGGAUCCUCUAGUGACUCUUUGAGCUCUGAAGAGGCUGAAAAAGCUUUUGCUGAUUUCUCGGCAUUUUUGAAUAGAGGGAACUGUGCAAUGUCAAUCGGUCAAUCCUAUCCUAUGGGGAUUUUUUGUUUUAUUUUUUCUUUUAAAAUUUCUGUUUUGUUUUGGUAAUCAAUGGCAAUUUAUUAAUUUAUUAGUA